AUGGCUUCUUCCACACCUCAGCCACCCGAACCUAUAGCCCUCGUUGGCAGUGGCUGCCGAUUCCCUGGCGGUGCUAACUCCCCAUCUGCAUUGUGGGAGCUCCUGGCAAGCCCUCGCGAUGUGUGUCGAGACAUUCCACAAGAUCGAUUUAGUAGAGAGGGCUACUAUCACCCCGACGCCAGCCACCAUGGCACCACAAACGUUCAAAAGUCAUAUCUUUUGCAGGAAGACUUGACGCUAUUCGAUGCCGCUUUUUUCAAUAUCAGUCCUGCUGAAGCAGAAGCAAUGGAUCCGCAACAGCGUCUACUUCUGGAAACAGUGUACGAGGCCCUCGAGUCUGGUGGACACACGACCGAAGCCUUGCGAGGAUCCGAUACUGCCGUAUAUGUUGGAACGAUGAGUGUGGACUACUAUGACACACUCCUCCGCGAUCUCCAGACCAUCCCGACAUAUUUUGCAACGGGCACAAAUCGAGCUAUCAUCUCGAACCGAGUUUCUUAUUUCUUCGACUGGCAUGGACCAAGCAUGACAAUUGACACGGCCUGUUCGUCUAGUCUGAUUGCAGUACAUCAAGGCGUGAAGUCCCUACGUACCGGCGAAUCGCGCGUCGCUGUCGCAUGCGGUACGCAGGUGAUCUUGAAUCCGGACAUGUAUGUUGCUGAGAGUAAGAUGAGGAUGCUGUCACCCACCGGCCGAUCCCGGAUGUGGGAUGCAGAUGCAGAUGGAUAUGCCCGGGGAGAAGGCGUUGCAGCAGUUAUUAUGAAGCGAUUGAGUGAUGCCAUUGCAGAUGGCGACCACAUCGAGUGCAUUAUUCGUGAAACUGGAGCCAACCAGGACGGUUUCUCCAACGGUAUCACAGUACCGAGUACAGACGCCCAAGCAGCGCUCAUUCGACACACUUAUGCAAGUGCUGGAUUGGAUCCCGUGAAAAAUCCCGACGAUCGUCCGCACUUUUUUGAGGCACAUGGCACUGGUACUCAGGCGGGAGAUCCCAAAGAAGCGGCUGCGAUCCACGAAUGCUUCGGUCAAUAUACCACAACCACCCCAUUGUAUGUGGGCUCUGUCAAGACCGUCAUUGGCCACCUUGAAGGAUCUGCGGGGUUGGCUGGUAUCUUGAAGGGUGCUGCUAUGAUCCGUGAGGGGCUUGUGGUGCCUAAUAUGCUUUUCAAUCGAUUGAAUCCGCGCGUUGAACCAUUUUAUCAAGGUUUACACGUACCAACACAGCUGACUCCCUGGCCGGUUCUUGGAAAAGGCCUACCUCGACGUGUCAGUGUCAACAGCUUUGGAUUUGGUGGCAGUAAUGCUCAUGCUAUCUUGGAGGAGUAUCUGGCUCCAAAUUCAAAGCCCAAGGCCAAUACUACCAGCACACCUUUCGUGUUCUCAGCCAUGUCAGAGGCUUCUUUGGUCUCUCAGCUACAUUCGUACAGUGCACAUCUGAAAGCCCAUACGGAUAUCAAUCCUGCUGACCUGGCCUGGACACUUCAAUCUCGCCGAAGCAAGCUUCCGACGAGGAUUACCUUCUCAGCGUCAACGACUGAACAAUUGGCAGUCAAUAUUGAUGCCAAACUUGCAAUUGUCGCCCAGAAUCCAGGUUUUCUGAUUGGAACCCGUUUGUCUGCGAAGUCCACAGCCGGAUUUGCAAAAGUCCUGGGUGUUUUCACAGGACAAGGUGCCCAAUGGGCAACCAUGGGCGCGCAGCUCAUUCGCAAAUCCAGUUGGGUGCGAGAUCGAGUACUUGACCUUCAAAAGUCGCUAAACACUUUGCCUGUUGCCGAUCGCCCUGACUGGCAGCUGUUGGAGGAAAUUCUGGCUGAAGAAGGUGUUUCUCGGAUUGGAGAGGCGUCUCUGUCACAACCACUCUGCACUGUUCUCCAAAUUAUUUUGGUCGACCUUCUCAAGAUCGCGGGCAUCGUUUUUACAGCAGUCGUGGGCCAUUCUUCAGGAGAAAUUGGUGCCGCAUACGCCGCUGGUCUGUUGUCCGCCUAUGAUGCCGUCCGGAUCGCCUACUAUCGUGGUCUACAUGUGCGUUUGGUCGGCAACGAGGCAGGAAGCCCGAAGGGCGCAAUGCUUGCGGUCGGUACGUCGUGGGAAGAUGCAGACGAGCUUGUGAAUUUGAAGUUUUUCAGGGGCAGACUGAAGAUUGCUGCACACAACUCACCAGCCAGUGUCACUCUGUCGGGAGACGCCGAUGCCGUGAUUCAUGCGAAGAAAGUCUUCGACGAGGAAACGAAAUUUGCACGCUUCUUGAAAGUUGAUACGGCCUAUCACUCUCACCAUAUGCUGGCAUGCGGUGAUCCAUACGUUGAAUCAUUACGAAACUGUGAUGUGAAAGUCAAUCAAGAGCUGAGCUGUACUUCCUGGUUCUCCAGUGUGAUGUCAAGCAGCGACAGAAUGACUCCCACUGGCAGUCUUCGAGACACAUAUUGGAGGGAUAACAUGACAAAUACGGUUCUUUUUGCCGAUGCAGUCAGGAAUGCUGUCACAAGCGAUGACCAGAUAAAUCUUGUCAUGGAGGUUGGUCCCCACCCCGCUCUCAAGGGACCCGCGACACAAAUCAUUUCAGAGAUACGAUCCAGCCCUCUUCCGUAUUGUGGUGUGCUCAGCCGAGGCGUGGACGACCUUGAAGCGCUGUCAGAUGCACUGGGAUUUCUUUGGGCUCAUUCGGGUGCUGAUGACGUGAACUUCCAAUCUUAUGAAAGGACGCUUUCUGGUAAAUGCUACCAGCCAAACUUGAUAGUCGGUCUACCGGCAUAUCAAUGGAACCAUGACAAGACUCACUGGAACGAGUCCAGAAUAUCACGAGCUCUCCGAGGCAGACAGCAGCCUCCUCACGAGCUAUUGGGCGUCCGUUCUUCGGAUUCCAAUGAUUAUGACAUGCGAUGGUCAAAUGUCCUUAAGUUGUCGGAAAUACCAUGGAUUGAAGAUCAUCAGUUGCAAGGUCAGCCCGUUUUUCCAGCGGCAGGAUUUGUCACCAUGGCGCUGGAAGCAUCCAGAGUCCUCGCCGCCGAUCGGGAAGUACGACUUUUCGAGCUCGAGAACCUGAAUCUUCCACGUGCGGUUACCUUUGAAGAAGGAGAUAGCUCUGGCGUCGAGACACUGGCGACCCUGACGGCAACGAAAUACCAUAAUGAUGGCAACCUGGCCACAGCUGACUUCUCAUGUUACUCCAGUCCCAUCGCCAGUUCUAAAUCCCAAUCAAAGAUGGAGCUCAUGGCUACCGGACGGGUCAAAAUUACGUUUGGACCUCCUAUGGAGGCCGCCUUGUCAGGAGAUCUGCUUGAGGAUUACCACAUGUCAGCGGUCGACAAGGAGCAAUUUUAUUCAGCCCUUUCAAAGCUCGGAUAUGGUUACUCGGGAUCUUUUAGAGGAGUGUCUUCUUUGAGGCGUCGCCUUAAUGAGUCCUUUGCGAUGCUGGAUACUUUCCCCCACUCAAGAUAUCUGGUUCAUCCGAGCACGCUGGAUGUUGCUUUCCAAACAUCGAUGCUUGCGUAUUCAGCUCCUGGAGACGAGCGUCUGUGGUCAUUGCAUAUUCCUAUCUCAAUUGGUAGUAUCCGAGUCAACCCUGCGGCGUGCGCAACAGUGCCGCCUGACGGAUCUCAGAUACCGGUUUGCGCAAUAAUCGACGAGCAAGCACAUACGUUCUUGGCAAACAUCAAUAUCUUCAGUGAGGGUGGAGCACAUCCUAUGGUCCAGAUUGACGAUUUCAAAAUCAAGGCCUUUGCACCUGCUACUGCGGAUGACGAUCGUCGGCUGUUUACACAUACCAGCCUCGAAUUUGCCUUACCCAAUGGCAACUCAAUCGCAGAGAACAUCGUCCCUACGGCAGAUGAAGUUGACCUGGCUCUAGUCUGUGAAAGGAUAUCGUACUACUAUAUUCGCAAGUGGAACGAUGAGAUCACUGACGAAGAAUGGGCACAUGGUCAACCGCACCAUGCACACCUCCGAGCCUGGAUCAACCACACCCUUUCAACUGCAGCCCAAGGAGAGCAUCCAACCCUUAAGUGCGAGUGGAUCAAUGAUACGCACGAGGAUAUAGCUGUUUUAGCCAACGAACAUCCAAACAGUGUCGAUGUCAAGCUGCUUCGCGCUGUCGGAGAAAACAUUCCAGACGCCGUGCGAGGACAGACAACGAUUUUGGAACACAUGCUUCCCAACAACCUUCUUGAUAAUUUCUAUAAGCAAGGCGUGGGUAUCGAAAGAUAUAACGCCUUCCUAGCGAGCAUGGUGCAGCAGAUCACGCAUCGCUAUCCUCACGCCGAUAUUCUCGAGAUAGGCGCUGGCACGGGCGGAGCCACCAAAUCUGUUCUUGAAGAAAUUGGCAACACUAUGUCAUCCUACACAUACACCGACAUUUCCGCCGGCUUCUUCAAUAAAGCCUCUGAUCUCUUCAAGGUCUACAGUGACAAAAUCACAUUCAAGACCUUGGAUAUUGAGAGAGCACCGGCCAGUCAAGGCUACAAACCAUACUCUUAUGAUAUCAUCCUCGCUUCGAACGUGCUACAUGCAACAGUGUCACUACAGAAGACACUUGAGAACACCCGGCAGCUGUUGAAGCCUGGCGGGUUUCUGCUUAUGCUGGAAAUCACGAACCAGGGACCUACUCGCUUUGGUAAUGUCAUGGCUGGUCUGCCAGGCUGGUGGCUUGGCGUGGAUGAUGGUCGCCAAUGGGCACCUACUGUUACCCCAGGUCAAUGGCACAAUGCUCUGCGCAAAUCUGGAUUCGCCGGCGUCGACGCGAUUACGCCAGAGGUUGAUGGCAUCACCUGGCCCUUGUCUAUCAUAGCAGCGCAGGCUAUAGAUGAUCGAGUGAACUUCCUGCGACGGCCGCUGGCUUCUCGUCCUUCCCCGCCCGGAUCUUCCGUUCGUGUGGAAAGUCUUGCUAUCCUAGGCAAGAAGAGCCUUCAAACUGCGAGACUCUCGGAGGAGCUUUCUGAAUUAUUGAGCCACCACUGCGAUGAGAUAGUCGUUCUCAAUGGCCUGCCCACAGAACUGGAAGCUGAGAGGAUAAACCCAAUGAGUACCUUCAUCAAUCUUGUGGAUCUUGACACACCAAUUUUCAAAGAUAUCACGGAUGAAAAGAUGAGUGGCCUCAAGCUUAUGUUUGAGCGCGCUAAACAUGUCCUAUGGAUUACUGAAGGCGCCCAUGUCGACCAGCCAUAUCAUAUGGCAAGCAUUGCCUUUAGCCGUGUCAUUCGUAAUGAGCAGGCACAUAUUAACUUGCAUCACCUGGAUAUUUCCGGCAAACACUGGAACGCGGCUCGGUCUAUCGCCGAAUUUCUUCUGCAAGGGGCGGCGUUGAACACCUGGGAGUCACGAACACAGUGGACGGAAGGUCAAAGAUCACAGCCGCCACUUCUCUGGUCUCAAGAGCCGGAGACAUUCCUCGUGGAUGGAGACCUCAAGAUCCCUCGUCUUGUCAGCAGUACGUGCCAGAAUGAGAGACUAAAUGCAUCCAGGCGUUUGAUUCAGAAAAGAGUAUCUCUCUCUGAGUCAAAUGUCUCACUUGAGCUAUCGACCAAGUGGAGGCCAUACCUAGUGGAGAGUGCCGGUUUCUCCCACCUCCGAAGGAGAGACAGCCUCGGACAGCUUGUCCGUGUCACUAUAUCUAGUUUGGCCGCUUAUCGUGUGGCUCCAGAUACCUUCCUUUUCCUAGGAAUUGGCGCAAGCGAGACAGAUCAAAAGCCAACACUAUUCUUGUCAAGCAAUAAUUCUUGGAAGGUGGUUCCAGUGGCUAGCGUCGACAUUGUUGAAGAAACGGACGAUGAAACUUCAUUUGCUCCUCUGCUCGUUUCUGUGGCGAGUGAGCUGCUCGCUUUCUCUGUGCUGGAUUCACUAUCCACAGGGAGUCACAUUUUGGUCCAAUGCUCCACAGAAGAUGGGCUUCUUGCUGAAGCGCUUCUACGUCGGGCGGCUUUGACGACUGCCGUGCGCGUCACAUUUGUAUGCGAGAUCGAUUUGAAUAUCAGCCCUCCAUCACUUGGGCAGUGGAUAUUGCUGGAUUCACGCGCGUCACAACACAUACUACGAAGAACAUUGCGUCGCUUGAAUCCGAGUCAUUAUUUGAACCUGACAGCGAGGGGAUCUUCGAACAUUGUCGCAGCUUUGCCGUCCAAUUGCAGAUAUGUUGAUCGCACUGCCUUGCUUCAACAUGAAUCUUCCUUCCUGACGCCACCUAGUCACUUGAAUGAAUUGCUUGCAGAUGCUCUUGUGCGUGCGAAGGUCUCAAAAUCACCGAUCAGGGAACAGUCUUUCUCACGGCCUGUGUUCGAGGUUAGCCAAAUCCAAGGUAUGGAUAUGCUGGAGCAUGCAACUUGUUCAAUUAUUAAUUGGCCGUCCACCGGAUCUAUACUUGCGGAAAUCCGCCCACUCAGGACUUCAACCAUGUUUUCACCGGGUAAGACAUAUCUUCUCAUCGGAUUGAGCGGAAAGAUUGGUCAGUCUCUCUGCGAGUGGAUGGUAGAAAAUGGCGCUGGUUGUGUUUGUUUGACAAGUCGCCAACCUCGAAUUGACCCGAGAUGGCUGGAAUCAUUCCAAGGAACGAACGCAAUGGUCAAAGUUAUCCCAAUGGACGUCACAGACAAAAGCAUUGUCAAGUCUGUGAUAAACGAGAUUCGAGCAACCUGUCCACCAAUUGCAGGUAUCGCUCACGGAGCUAUGGUCCUUCACGACGCACUGUUUGCCAACAUGGCAGCAGACGAAAUGCGAAGGGUUCUUGCCCCGAAGAUUGACGGCUCCAGGAACGUUGACGAAGUUUUUCACGAUGAAGCGCUCGACUUCUUCGUGAUUCUCUCCUCAUCGGCGAGCGUGAUUGGUAACUCGGGACAGUCUAAUUAUGCUGCCGCCAACGGAUACAUAAACAGUCUCGUGCGUCAACGUCGACGCCGUGGACUGGCCGCUUCGGCUCUUGACAUUGGUCGGGUUGUCGGGAUUGGAUAUGUUGAGACUGCUGGCGAAGCUGUCUCCAUACAACUCGCACGGAUGGGCUUGGCAGCCCUCUCAGAGCCUGACUUGAGACUGGCCUUUGCAGAGACCAUUCAAACAGGCUAUGUGAGCCCAGAAGAUGAGUCCGGUCUACCGGAAGCGGUAGUGACCACCGGCAUUCGUACGAUUCGAGAAAACGAGGAUAUCAAAGGCCCAUGGUUCAGUAAUCCAUUUUUCUCGCAUUGCAUUGUCACUAGUGAGCAUGCAAAUUCUGGCUCGGGAGAGCAGAAACAGCAGACCCGACUUCCUGUUAGCCAACAGUUGUCUCUGGCAACGACCCAGAAUCAAGCAUUGGAAAUACUGCAAGACUGUUUUUCGGCGAAGCUUCAGGCUAUUCUCCAAAUCUCUGAUCAGGAGAUGGACCGUCACGCACCUCUUGUUUCAGUGGGUAUUGACUCACUGGUAGCUGUUGAAGCACGAUCCUGGUUCUUGAAAGAGCUGCAAGUCGAUAUUCCAGUGUUAAAGCUCGUUGGUGGAGCUUCGAUUCAGGACAUUUGUGAGGUUGUAUUGGACAAACUUCCCGAGAAGCUGAAAGGCAACCUGGGAAAGCAAGACGCACCGACCGAUCAGGCUAUGUCAGCAACAGCAACAACAUCUGCUUCAACGACGGCCAUUCCAGAAAGUAUGUCCGAAAGCUCGUCACAAGUUGCUUGUACGCCGCCUUCGUCUGCAUCUACUACAGACGGAAGUCUCCCCGACGAAGAGCUGAAGAUAUCACCUCCAUCUAUCGCCCCGAAGGCUGCAGUUCAUCAGCGAAAGAUCAUCAAAAGAGUGCCAAUAUCGUUGUCACAAUCAAGAUUCUGGUUCCUUCGACUACUUUUGGAAGACCAGCUAACCUACAACGUCACAUUCUACUAUCACGUCGCCGGAGAACUGCGAGCCGCUGACUUGGAGCGUGCCGUACGUGUCGUGACCAACCGACAUGAGGCGUUGCGUACCUGCUUUGUGGAAGAUCGCAAUGAUGCUAGUCAAGCGUAUCAAGAAAUACUGGCAAGCUCUUCUAUCCGACUGGAACAAAAAUCAAUCAGCUCUGUAGCCGAAGUGGCUACCGAGUAUGCCAAGCUCAAGGCCCAUUCAUUCGAUCUAGCGAGUGGUGAGCUUCUAAAGAUCGUUCUACUGACAUUAUCACCAUCUUCACAUUACCUGCUUUUCAAUCACCACCACAUCAUCAUAGAUGGCGUCAGCUUCCAACUUCUCAUCUCCGAGCUUGAGACCGUGUACAAUGGACAGUCACUUGGACCGCUACCGAGACAGUACCCUGACAUCUCCGAGGCUCAGCAUCAAGACAUCGCGUCGGGUCGCAUGAGUGAUGAACUGCAAUAUUGGCGGAGCAUUUUCCCUAUUGGCGAGCAGCCGCCGGUGCUUCCGGUGCUUUCAAUAGCACACACCACCUCUCGGUCGGCAAUGAAGACUUUUGACACUCAUCAGGUGGCAUGCCACAUCGACGCUGCAGUGAUAGCUCGAAUCAAGGCAGCAUCCAGGGCACAGCAAUCCACUCCCUUCCACUUUUAUCUUGCCGCAUUCAAGACCCUACUUUUCAAGUUGAGUGAUGCUCAAGAUCUGACAAUCGGAAUUGCCGAUGCCGCUCGUAACGAAAGCGAUUUGAUGCACAGCAUCGGAUUCUUCCUCAAUCUGCUUCCUUUACGUUUUCGUCGCCAUUCAAGUCAGAAUUUCGUCGAUGCGAUUGCUGAGGCCCGGAGAACAGCCUACUCAGCCUUGGGUAACUCUCGCUUGCCAUUUGAUGUUCUGCUAGCCGAGUUGAAUGUCGCUCGAUCGGCCACACAUAGUCCAUUCUUCCAGGCUUUCUUGGACUAUCGACAGGGUGCUCAGGAGAACCAUGCGUGGGGCAACUGUCAAUUUGAGCUUCAAGAAGCCCAUCCGGGUCGCACAGCAUAUGACAUCACGCUAGAUAUCACUGAUAGUGCCCAAAGUGCCCUUGUUAUGAUACGUGCCCAAAAGAGCUUUUAUGAUUUAACAGCAGCAAAUCUGCUUCUCGAAACAUAUGUCCAUCUGCUUGAUGUUCUCUCCAAUACUCCCUCUCUGGAGCUUGAGAAAACACCAACCUUCAGCGACAAGCAAAGGCAUACAGCUAGGCAGAAUGGUCACGGAGCGGACCUCAUUUCGGACUGGCCCAAAACUUUGAUUCAUCGUCUCGAUCAAGUUGCUCGGGAAAACGCGGACAAAGCUGCGCUUAAAGAUGGCUUUGGCAACUCGUUAACUUAUGCGGAGAUGAUGCAUCGCACCGAAGCUAUCGCAGAAAAAUUACAGAAUGCAGGAGUCGCUCCCGGUGACCGCGUUCUCUGCUAUCAAGAGCCUGCAGUAGACUGGAUCUGCUCCAUGCUGGCCAUCAAAUAUGUUGGGGCAGUCUACGUACCCCUCGACCUUCGGAACCCUUUGCCGCGUCUAGCAGUGGUCUCUCAAGACUGUGAGCCAUUUGCGAUACUUGUGGACGCGACAACAGCGGCUAGUGCUCCACAACUAGAGGUCCCUACUGCGCAGAUCAUUGAUGUGUCCAAGGUCAACCGUGAAGCAUCAAGCUAUAUGAAAAUUCUCGCACAAGCAGAGGCACCAGCAGCGAUUCUCUACACGAGCGGAUCGACUGGUACGCCUAAAGGAAUUGUUGUCACUCACUUUGGUCUCCGCAACGAGAUUGAGGGAUACACCAAAUCAUGGAACUUACGGGCGGAAGACACACUUCAGCAAAGUGCUUUUACCUUCAAUCACUCCGUGGAUCAGAUCUAUACUGGGCUUGCAAACGGUGGCAGCGUCUAUGUGGUCCCGAGUAGUCAGCGGGGUGACCCGCUAGAAAUCACUCGGAUCAUUCAACGACAGGCCAUCACAUACACAAAGGCCACGCCAUCGGAGUACCUUCUCUGGCUAGAGCACGGUUCUGAGAGCCUUCGAACAGCCUCAAGCUGGUGUUUUGCUUUUGGUGGCGGUGAGCCUUUGACAGCUACUGUCACAAACGCUUUCGCUGAACUUCAACUACCACAGCUUCGGUUCUUUAACUCCUAUGGUCCCACUGAAAUCUCAAUCUCAUCGCACAAGACAGAGAUCCCAUAUCGGGACAGAGAAAGAGUUGAGGCUAUGGGUCGUAUUCCAUGCGGAUACUCUCUGCCGAAUUACCAUACAUAUGUCCUCGAUGAAAAGUUGAGGCCACUGCCAGCGGGAAUGCCAGGUGAGGUAUAUAUUGGCGGUGCAGGAGUAUCGCAAGGCUACCUUCACAACGAAGCGCUGACCGCAAAACACUUCAUGGUGAAUCCGCACGCAUCUACUGAAUACCUUGCUCAAGGCUGGACACGGAUGUAUCGCACCGGGGACAUCGGACACCUCACGCCGGAUGGUGCCCUGGUGUUCCGCAGCCGAUGUGUGGGUGACACACAAGUCAAAAUACGUGGCCUUCGUAUCGAGCUCCGUGAUAUCGAGAGCAACAUUGUGGCUACUGCGGGUGGCGCUUUGAAAGAGGCUGUCGUCACUCUACGUGCUGGAGAUCCAGAUUUUCUGGUUGCGCACGUCGUCUUCAGCCCUGGUCACGACACCCCAGAAAGGGAAGUCUUUUUAACCCAGCUUCUUGAGAGGCUACCACUCCCUCAAUACAUGAUUCCAGCUGUGGCAUUCUCACUGGAAAGACUUCCUCUCACCAACCAUGCUAAAAUUGAUCGAAGAGCGAUUCAAGAAAUGCCGCUGCCGCAGCGACUUAAACUCGCAUCGCCCGACAGUCCGCAAGAUCAUGUUCUUACUGAGACAAUGAUACAGCUAAAGAACGUGUGGCGAGAUGUUCUCGGAAAGAGUCACGGAGCUCUAGGCCUAGAGAUCGCCCCGACAAGCAGUUUUUUCCUUGUUGGGGGCAAUUCUCUUUUAGCUAUUCGUCUUCAAGCCAGGAUCCGGGCCGUCUUCAACGUUGCUAUUCGACUCGUUGAGCUUCUGGAAAAUCACACAUUGCGGGAUAUGGCGCGGAAGAUUGAAGUCAGCACCAGCGUUGACCCCAUAGACUGGGAAGAAGAGACAAGUCCUCCAACGAUUCCAACAUUCUUUGAGGAAAUUUUGUCGUCGCCGAAAAGAGAGAAAGAGAAAACUGGAAAGACAACUAUAUUGAUCACGGGCGCCACGGGCUUUCUAGCCAAACAUCUUCUUCCGCAGCUCGCAGAGCAUCCAAGUGUCGAAAUGGUUCACUGUGUGGCUGUGCGCGAGAAGCUUUCGGCUCCAUUUUCUCGAAGACUCCCAGUUGCCUCUGAUAAUAUCCUUGCUCAUGAUGGUGACCUAUCGCUCCCUUUGCUUGGCCUUCCAGAAGACAAGUUCCAGCUACUUUCUCAACAAGUGGAUGUGAUUCUUCAUCUAGGUGGUGUGCGCUCAUUCUGGGAUAACUACCAUGUACUCCGCCGCAGUAACGUUCACCCGACUCGCGAGUUGGUCAAGCUUGCCGCUGCUCGUCGCAUCCCGAUUCACUACAUUUCGACGGCCGGUGUGCUUUCAAGAGAGAUUGCAGCAGAAACUUCCGGCCCGGCCGCGUCAGCUGCCUCAUGGAUACCCCCGGUUGACGGUAGCAACGGGUACGUUGCAACGCGGUGGGCUAGUGAACGUAUUCUCGAGCGCGCAGGGGCAUCUCUGGGGGUCCCUUCAACGGUAUACCGUUUCCUACCCUCUUCCGAUGAAUUCAGCAACACGUCUUCGCAGGCCGUGCUGGACGACUUUGUCAAAUAUGUCGAUGCUUCAGGCUCAAUUCCUGAUAUGACCGGUUGGACUGGUCGCUUGGACCUCAGCCCGGUGAAUCAGGUGACUCAAUGGCUUUGCAGUCAUGUUCUUUCUAACGAGUCAGUUGUUGAAGGGGAAACUGUUUCUUCUACAAACACAAGAACGACUCACUUUAUUCACUACGAGAGUCCGUUUACUUUCACUGUGGACGAACUCGCGGCGUACGUUGAAAAGCAUCGCGGUGACCGAGGUCUCGAGCGAGUCCCAAUAUUGAAGUGGAUCGGAAAGAUCAAAGCUCUCGGGUUCGAAUAUUUCUUGACGAAUCAGGAUGCCAUCGUUGAACACUCAGAUAGAAGUGCGGUCGCCAGGUUUGAAUCGCGAAGAUAA